AUGGCCGACGAUCUUCGACGUAUGUCCAAACAGGAACGGAUUUUGUGGAGUCUGCUAGAGAGCUUUGAAGAUUUCCUUCACGACUACGACGAUGUUCGGGAUCAUGGCUCACUUCAACCACGGCUGACUAAGUUGGACGAAGCCUACGAGAAGUUUUGUGAUCUGCGAGUUCGUAUAGAGAUGAUCCUUGAAGACCUUGAAGAGGAAUCUGAAGACGGCGACGAUAAGAAGGAAGUUCGAAAACGAGAAAGCAAAAAGGUGUAUAAGGGAUUUGUGACACGGUACUUUUCUUUGAAACAACAGCUGCUGUCGAAGAUGGAGUCGAUUCCCGCACAACCAACUCAAUCCUCUGUUUCCGACGUGGUUUUGCCGUGUCACACAAAGUAUCCAGAACUUCAGCUGCCAACCUUUUCCGGGAAGCUGUUGGAUUGGAUUAAUUUUCGAGACAACUUCAAGUCGCUGAUUCACGAUAAUGUCCAGUUGAACGAUAUGGAUAAGUUUAACUACCUCCGGACGUCACUGAGAGAUGACGCACUUCUCCAUAUCAAUCAAAUCCAAGUUUCAGCGAUGAACUACGGCCUAGCAUGGAGCACACUUGAAUCGAAAUAUGAGAAUCAUAAACUGAUAGCUCAGGAGCAUUUGAAAGCACUCUUCGCCACAUCUGCCAUGCGGACAGAAAGUUACGAAGCAUUAAAUGUAUUGUUGUCGACGUUUAAAAUCAACCUUCAACAAUUAGAAAAACUCGGCCAGAAGACUAGCAACUGGAGCACAUUGCUAGCGUUUAUGCUCUCACAAAAAUUGGAUGCCGAAACAUACCGUCUGUGGGAAACUCACCAUGCUUCUAAAACCGUCCCUACCUAUGAAGCUAUGGUUGAGUUUCUAGAAAACCAUUGUUCAAUCCUGCAGUCAACGGCCAGUCGCAGUGGCGACGAUCAUCAUCGAAACACUAGAGCUCCUAUCAGUCAUAGCACAGCAACGUUCGAGAGUUUCUGCCCUAUUUGCAACAAUGGUCGACACAAAGCAGAACAAUGUAACAGACUCAUUAGGAUGCGAGUCAUCGACAGGAAAGUUUUGGUGCGCAGAAUGGGGCUAUGUCUGAAUUGUUUGGAUUCCGGACAUUUUGUUGCUGAUUGCAUGCAGGAAUCCUGUUUGAAGUGUGGACAAUAUCACCACGUUCUUUUGCACCCGUAUUCUCCCAACCAAAGCAGCCAACAAAACAUGCAGAACGUCUCUCAAGACCCACGAAGACCUCAACGCGCGGACAGUCAAACAAGAAGGCAACCUUAUACACAACAGGCUCAGUCCCGGAUGAAUAGCAACCAAUCUUCACAAAACAUCUCACAACCUACACAACAGCCACCUCCCACAAACACUCCCACUCUUAGCCACCACACUUCUACUCUACUAGGUACACAACGCAACACCCACACCGCCAUCCUGUCGACAGCCGUUGUCAUGCUGUCUGAUAGCAGUGGCAACAAAGUUUUAGCUCGUGCGCUGUUAGAUAAUGGCUCACAGAUUUCUUUAAUGACGGAGCAUUUGUCGCAGAAGUUGAAAUUUGUUCGUUUUCGAGAAAAUCUUCCCGUGAAAGGCGUUGGAGGAUCCAUUCACAUUUCUAAGGAGUCCGUUCUUGGUCGAAUUGUGUCGCGAACUUCGUCGUUUAAAACUGAUGAGAUAAAAUUCUUCGUGCUUCCUCGAAUCACAAUAGAUUUGCCACAGAGAAGCUUUGAUGUCAGCGCCUGGAAUCUUCCGUCGUCCAUCCGCUUAGCCGAUCCCAGAUUCAACGAAUCUAGCUCAGUUGAUCUUGUUAUAGGAGUCUCCACCUUUUAUGAGUUGUUACUAGCGGAGCAAAUGAAGAUUACUGAUGCUGGUCCAAUUCUUCAAAACACCCAGCUGGGAUGGAUCGUAGCAGGAGAGUUUCCAGAAACGCCAGUCACUUCUUACAGCGCCAUGACACCAGAAGUUUCCACUGAUGAGGUACUGCAGCAGCUAACCAAAUUCUGGGAAUUGGAGUCCUGCCGAACGAAAAGUUGUUUGUCAAUUGAAGAGUCCACUUGUGAAGACAUCUUUAAUCAAACUACUACUCGAGAUCCCGACGGAAAACUAAGAGUUUUUCUCCCAAAGAGAGAGUUUAUGAUUGAAAGAUUAGGUAAUUCGAAGCGGGCAGCCACGAAACGUUUUCUAGCUUUGGAAAACAGAUUGAAAACUAAUCUUGAGGUGAAAGCUCUUUACACAGCUUUUAUUCAUGAAUACCAGUUGAUGGGACACAUGCGUGAGGUACACGAGGUCGAAGAUGAACCUGCAGUCUGUUACUACCUGCCACAUCAACCGGUGAUGAAACCCAGCAGUACAACUACAAAACUCAGAGUGGUGUUCGAUGCUUCUUGCUCCACCAGCUCUGGAGUUUCUCUAAAUGAUAUCCUGAUGGUAGGACCAGUCGUCCAGGACGAUUUAAUAGCAAUCCUAUUGAGAUUUCGUAUCCACAAGUACGCGAUAGUUGGAGAAAUUGAAAAGAUGUAUCGCAUGGUAAACGUUCAUGAGAAAGAUCAGCCGCUACAACGGAUUCUGUGGAGAGAAUCCAGCGAAGAACCGCUCCGCACGUACCAGUUAACUACAGUAACCUACGGAACAUCUUCUGCACCGUAUUUAGCAACGCGAUGCUUGCUGAAAUGUGCUGAGGAUGGAAAAUCUUCGCAUCCAGACGCAGCAGUCAUUAUAAAAAAGAAUUUUUACGUCGACGACAUGCUAGCGGGAGCGCAUACUAUUGAUGAAGGGAAAAGCAUGUGCAAAUCAACUGUAGAGCUGUUGAACUCUUAUGGAUUUUGCCUGAGGAAGUUGAACAGCAACCAUCCCGACUUGCUACGUGAACUUCCAGCACAUUUAUGUGACAAGAAAGAUUUCUUGGAUGUACAGACCGGAAAUAGUACCAUACAAACCCUCGGACUUACUUGGGAACCAGCACAGGAUUUGUUUUGGUUUAAGCUACCAGUUUGGAAACCUGUUUUUCCGGUUACAUUUCGCCUUGUCUUGUCUGAUACUGCGCGUUUGUUUGAUCCCUACGGUUUCGCAGGUCCAGUUAUAGUCCAAGCAAAGAUGUUUCUCCAAGAACUUUGGAAGGAAAAGUAUUCUUGGGACGAACCAUUAAAAGAUGAGCAUCAGCAAUUUUGGCUGGAGUUUAGGGACAAAUUAAAUGGUCUAGAUGGAGUAUCUAUUCCUCGAUGGAUCGCAUUCCGCAAGGACGUGAUUGCAUGCGAGAUUCACGGAUUCUGCGAUGCCUCUGAAAAGGCUUACGGAGCUGCGAUUUAUUUACGAAACACAACCAAGGACGGAGAGGUUACUAUUCGGCUGGUGACUGCCAAAUCCAAAGUAGCUCCUCUGGAUGAUGUUAAAGGGAAAAAACGGAAGCAAACAAUACCUCGACUUGAGCUCUCAGCAGCCGUUCUUCUGUCACAUGUGUACGAAACAGUUCAAAACAGUCUGGAGAUCGGUGCUAAGGCUUAUUUUUGGACGGACUCUACCAUUGUAAAAUGUUGGCUUUCAGCACACCCUUCAAGAUGGAAUGUGUUUGUAGCGAAUCGUGUCUCAGAGAUUCAGCACAUCACUCGUGACGGUAUUUGGAAUCAUGUUCCAGGUAUCGAGAACCCCGCAGACAUUAUAUCCCGAGGGCUCACACCUGCGCAAUUGGCCCAAAGUUCACUUUGGUGGAAUGGUCCAGAAUGGUUGGCGAAGGAUUCUAAAAGCUGGCCACAGAGCUCGCCAAAUGAGCAGCAAUUCGAUUCAGUUUUGUUGGAAGAAAAACCUUUAGUCUGUGCGGCUCUGCAGAUCUUGUCACACAGUGAAAUUUUUGGACUUAAGGAAUCACUCCUGGGUCUCGUGCGAUUGACCGCCUGGAUGCGUCGUUUUGCCUUCAAUUGUCGACAUAAGGAUCCCAACGAACAUCGAAUUGGAGUAUUGAAAAGUGAGGAGCAUAAAGAAGCAUUGCUGUGUUUAGUAAAAAUAGCCCAAUCGGAAAGUUUCCCUGUUGAUAUAGCGGACCUCGUAGCGAAAAAUGAAGUGAAGUCUUCAUCGAGAAUACUUCCAUUUCAUCCAAUUAUGAAAGAUGGGGUUUUAUGCGUAGGCGGGCGGCUUAGAAAUGCUGCGAUUCCCGAGGAGCGAAAGCACCCGAUGCUGUUAGAUAACAAACAUCCUUUGACAAAGCUAGUAUUUGUGGACUAUCAUCAUAGACUUCUUCAUGGUGGACCACAACUGAUGAUGGCGAGUGUUCGAGAACGCUUUUGGCCGAUUGCAGCUCGGAAUUUAGCCAGAGAAGUUGUGCACAGUUGUGUAAGAUGCUUUAGAGCGAGACCACGUGUUCAUGAACAAUUGAUGGGAGAUUUACCUAUGGAACGCGUAUCGCCGGCCCCAGUAUUCCAGCGAGUUGGUGUGGACUAUUGUGGUCCUUUUGAAAUCAAAGCUAUCCAUCGGAAAGGAGCUAUGAAUAGAUGCUACGUAUGCGUAUUCGUGUGUCUCGUCGUGAAAGCUGUUCACGUGGAAGUCGUAGCAGAUCUUUCCACCGGUGCAUUUGUAGCAGCAUUUAGGAGGUUUACAAGCAGACGUGGGAGGCCCGUACUUGUCAUGUGCGACAAUGGCACCAACUUUGUAGGAGCUCGUCGAGAGCUGAAUGAAUUACAUCGUUUGUUUACUGCCGAGCAAUUUCGAAACUCUGUAGUUACAGAAGCCGCCAGUGAGGGCAUCGAGUUUAAGUUCAUCCCUCCCAGAUCACCGAAUUUUGGUGGAUUGUGGGAGUCUGCAGUAAAAUCAAUCAAAACACACAUGCGCAGAGUCAUUGGAAGAUAUGUACUGAGACCCGAUGAAUUCCACACUGUAGUAGUUCAGAUAGAAGCAUGCCUGAACUCCAGACCUCUCACACCGAUAUCCAAUGAUUCAGAAGAUUUAGAAGUGCUCACUCCAGGACAUUUCAUAAUACAUCGAUCGUUGCAAGCAGUGCCAGAUCCAAAUCUUCUGCAUCUUCCAGAAAAUCGUCUGAAUAGGUGGCAACAAGUUCAAGCGAUCAACCAGUUGAUUUGGAAGCGUUGGUCGACCGAUUACCUGUCACAGCUUCAAAGCCGGAACAAAUGGACGAGGCAAAGAUCCAACCUGCACAUUGGAACAAUGGUUCUGCUCAAAGAGGACAACUUGCCUCCUCUAGAAUGGAAACUAGGACGCGUUACUAACAUCCAGCCUGGUUCAGAUGGAAACAUCCGUGUAGUUACAGUCCGCACGCAAUAUGGAGAGUUCACGAGAGGUAUCUCCAAGAUUUGCAUUCUUCCCAUCCGAGACAAUCAGCCAUCUGAAAAUCCACGCGAGCAUCAUUAA